CAAAAACCCCGGCCUGAACUUUUGCUUCAUCUGCGCAAUUGUUCCCGGACAAUUUGCCCCGGCAUCCCUCUCACCGUUUCAAAAUGCCUACAAGUAACGCCCUGAAGGUGCUGCGAUGGCUCUCACGGGGCCCCAGUGCUCUCUUCUCGGGACCUGAGACAGUAACGCAACGAUGCCUGGGCACAACGUUAUCGCGGUCAAUGGCCACAGAGGCUCAAACUACACCAGCAGUUGAUCUGACGAAAGGAAUACCGAACGCCGAUUCAAUUGUCAAUGAUACUACCAAGCCGACCUGGAACCCCUCUCCCGUUCUGGCCACCACGUACUCCUUCCCAUCCAUGGAGCCCGUCCGCUUUGUCGAAUACCCCCGAAACCAGCUUUUCAUGCCGUUAAGGAAAGAUAUCUUACACCGUGCCGUGAUCUACGAAGGUGAUAGCACCCGACAAGGCACAGCUAGCACCAAGUGGAGGGACGAUGUACACGGCAGUGGCAGGAAGCUAUUUGCGCAGAAGGGUUCUGGCCGGGCACGUGUUGGAGACAAGAAAUCGCCUAUUCGACGCGGUGGUGGUGUUGCACACGGUCCUCAUCCCCGAGAUUUCUCUACACAGCUUCCCAAGAAGAUCUAUGAUCAGGCGUGGCGGAUAGCCCUCAGUUACCGGUACAGACGCGGCCAGUUGAUUAUCAUUGACGGCAGGAUAAAGAUACCGAAGAGAGCUUCGACUCACUUGAUCAACGAGAUCAUUGGCGCGAACAGCUGGUUUGGUGGCUCGACGUUGAUCACAGACCAGGUUGACGACAGGUUGUUCGCCGCGGUCAAGGAGCUUGGACAGCAGGCAAAGAUUCUGGAUAGAGCAGAUGUUGAUGUCAAAGAUCUCCUGGAAACCAGGAGGCUGAUUAUUGAGAAGCAGGCGUUGGACAACAUUCUGUCCCAGCAUUCAAGGGACUUGAAGAACAAGCCCGCAAAGGCGGUAUAUUAGGUCUAUCGGGCAUAUUUUUCUAUUCUGGAUCUCUGUUUUCUUCUAAAUCGUCUGUAUGAAUAGCACGCGAAACUUGUCUGUUUGGGGGUAUCAGAUACUGAACUGUGACGGGACGCUAUAACUAAGGACGAAACCCGGUUGUAGGAUACAAAGAUAGAUGUUUCUGACUGGUUUUGAGUAAAGUCCAGGUCUCUAGCCUUUGUACAGUAGAAUACGAGGCAGUGGUAGAGCAUUUUGGUUGAUCCGACCUCGAGGCGGCCUUCCUUGCCCA